GUUAUCAGUCUUUAUUAGAUGCCGUAAUCGGAUCAUUCGUGAAUAACGGGAGGCAAAAUUUCAAUGCUUCUCCGGAUUUGAGCGCGCAUGAUUUCUCCGGACUUACAAAUGUUUAAAUUGAUAAUUCAUUUUUCUAUUUGUUUAUCAUUAUUUCCACUAAUUCAUUCCGGACUCAUUCCACGAACACCGAAGCUGCACUCAGUGGAGGAAGGAAAAGGAAAGCUUUUUUUCGCCCUCGAUGUUUGGGGACUGGGUAAACUUCACGGGCGAAAAAUAGAGUGGUACAAUGUUACAACAGAAGACGGAUAUAUUCUCGCUCUACACAGGAUUCUUCCGAAUUCAUCAAUGGAUGAAGAAAAAUCACCGCGACCUGUGGUUUUUCUCCAGCACGGAUUGAUGGCGACAUCAGAUGCCUUCAUCGUAUAUGGAUCUCCAAAAAGUCUCGGAUAUCAACUGUCAGAUGCCGGGUACGACGUUUGGAUGGGAAAUUUCCGCGGAAAUACUUACUGCCUGAGUCAUGAGACCCUGUUCACAGAUGAUUCAAAAUUCUGGGACUUCAGUAUGGACGAGUACGCUCUUCAGGAUCUUCCAGCGCAGAUAGACUUCGCCCUGAAGACAGCGAAUCAAUCAACUCUAUCAUUCAUCGGUCACUCAUUGGGUGCUACGACUCACAUAAUGCUGUUGAGUGCUCGUCCAGAAUACAACAAGAAAAUGGAUUUUGUUGUUUACUUUGCUCCAGUGGUUUACUCAGUAACUCGGACACAUCUCAGGGAUAUUCUCCCUGCAGUAGCUCUGAUCCCUCAGAUAUUUUCCCGGAAUGGUGCUGUUGAAGUAUUCAGUCAGAAAAUAUUGAGCCCCUUGACCAUUUAUUUUUGCGCGUCCACCAGGUCCUUGCUUGAGUUGUGUCAGAGCUGGAUGGAUCAACUCGUUGGAUAUGACCGAGACCAAUUCGAUCUAAGAGAAUUCCUCGGUGUUAUGUCUUAUUACCCCGCAGGAACAUCAGCCAAAGUGAUUUUUCAUUACAGCCAGCAAACACUUACCGGGACAUUUCGUCGAUAUGAUUAUUUGACGAGUGAACUGAAUAUUCAGCAUUACGGAACACCUGUAGCUCCGGAUUAUGAUGUCAGCGCCAUCGACGUGCCUCAGAUGGCCAUUUUUCGAGGUCCAGGGGAUGUAGUCACCACGGAAGAAGAUAUGAAAUUUUUUAUUCAAAGUCUUUCACCGCAGCAAUCCGUAAUUUAUGAAACUGUGAAAUUCCCGACGUUCAAUCACGGGGCGUUCAUUUCAGCUCGGGAUCUGAAACCGCUGGUUAAUGAUCUGGUGCUUGAAUAUCUUCAGAAAUACUACCAGAGGAAGAAUGAGCCAUAAUCGAUGAACAAUUUAGA